AGCUUUCACUGCAAUCUGUGGAGGCGCUGUUUCCACUGACCGGAGACUGCAACGUUACCUCCGCUGUUAGCUACCUCAGAUCUUCCCAGUUUAGAGCCUCCGGUGGAAACAAAUUAGCGAAACGGUCAGCCUGUUCAGGCUAAAACGAGGGAGGCAUCCUGGAAGGAGCCGGAGGACCGAAGAUAUGCACUCAGCACGGGUUUUAUGUGACUCCUGUGAGAUGUGAUGAGAUGGCCCAGACGGGGAAAGAGCCGAAGCAGACGAAUCGCGUCGUGCUGGUCAAAAGAAUAAUAAUGAACGAUGACAACCCGAUGCAGCAGGGAAUCGGGAAACCCAGUGUCUACCAUGCCGUGGUUGUCAUCUUCCUUGAGUUCUUUGCAUGGGGACUACUUACGACUCCAAUGCUUACAGUUUUACAUGAAACGUUCCCACAACACACGUUCCUGAUGAACGGCCUCAUUCAGGGAGUGAAGGGCCUGCUGUCUUUCAUGAGUGCUCCAUUAAUUGGUGCUUUAUCAGAUGUCUGGGGCAGGAGAUCUUUCCUGUUGGUCACAGUGUUCUUCACCUGUGCCCCAAUCCCUCUGAUGAGGCUCAGCCCUUGGUGGUACUUUGCCAUGAUUUCUGUGUCGGGGGCCUUCUCCGUUACCUUCUCCGUCAUCUUUGCAUAUGUAGCGGACGUAACAGAGGAACGGGAGAGGAGCACUGCAUAUGGCCUAGUCUCAGCCACAUUCGCAGCAAGCUUGGUAACAAGCCCUGCUAUUGGGGCUUACCUGUCAGCAAACUAUGGGGAUAAUUUGGUAGUGCUGGUGGCUACGCUCAUCGCCCUGGCUGAUAUAUGCUUCAUACUGUUGGCUGUCCCUGAGUCUCUGCCAGACAAGAUGAGGCUGAACACCUGGGGCGCCCCCAUCUCCUGGGAGCAGGCAGAUCCAUUCGCUUCUUUGAGGAAGGUGGGGAAGGACACCACUGUGCUGCUCAUCUGUAUAACAGUGUUCCUGUCCUACUUGCCCGAGGCAGGCCAGUACUCCAGCUUCUUCCUCUAUUUAAGACAGGUCAUUAACUUCUCACCCACUACAAUCGCUGUGUUCAUUGGGGUGGUGGGGAUCCUCUCUAUCUUGGCCCAGACACUGUUUCUCACUCUGCUAAUGAGGACCAUUGGGAACAAGAACACGGUUCUUUUGGGACUAGGAUUCCAGAUCCUCCAGCUCGCGUGGUAUGGCCUUGGGUCCGAACCAUGGAUGAUGUGGGCAGCUGGAGCCGUAGCUGCCAUGUCCAGCAUUACUUUCCCUGCAGUGAGUGCACUCGUAUCUCGCAGCGCUGACCCGGAUCAACAAGGGCUAGUGCAGGGAAUGAUCACGGGCAUCCGAGGCCUCUGUAAUGGCCUGGGCCCAGCACUGUACGGCUUUAUCUUCUUUCUCUUCAACGUUGAGCUGAGUGGGAUUGCACCAAUCCCGGCUGACUAUGGCAUCCCUCUUCAGACCCCCAGUGAGCAUGUGGUAGUCCCAGGCCCUCCUUUCCUGCUGGGUGCGUGCACGGUCCUGGUGGCGUUCCUUGUAGCGCUCUUCAUCCCUGAGCACCAGCCGGCGGCUGCAAAGAUGUGCCAGGAACGCAAGGGGAGCGGCAGCCUGGCUGGAGCCCACGUCAACACUCCGCUGCCGGGCAGCGACGAGGACUUUGAGCCUCUGCUGGAGGACAGCACUGUGUGACUGCAAUCCCUCUAAGCCCCUACGAGUGAAAUGAAACAAACCGGGGCACAAAAUCCCUCCCCUUAACUUCCUCUCCAGCCUCCAGAUGUAUGGAGCAGUUCCAGUGAGCCCCCAAAACCUCCUUGGAGAUUUGAUUUAUUUUUGAUUUAUUUAUUUUUUAUUUGAUUGUUUUUUUUUAUAUCAAGAAGAGGUUUAUUGCCUAAAUCUUGAGUGUUUUGAACCAAAGUUUUCCAUGAAUCAUUUUUUUACUCUAUUCCGCCACAACAUACCUAAAUAAAUUCGUAAAGGGCUUGAUGGCGAGCAGGAUCCGACGCGCUGUAGCUGAAGCAGAGUAGAAACGUGCAAUCAGGCUUCUGGAAAACCUCGGAUUGGAGUGGCUUCAGAGGACCACUGCAGUUUGCGAAUGUGUACAGAUGUGUUUUUAAGUCAGGUUUCAUGGGCAAAAGUGCAGUAAAGUGAUUCGCUUGAGCUGAGACUUCAUUGAUCUUACGGUUACUGUCAGUGGAAAUGCUCAGAACUUUCCUUUUAGGAGUUUUCUUUCAGUUAAUAGAACUCAAGUGUUCAUAUGUACAUUUAUCGUGUUUUGGAUUAAGAGCCAUGAUAUUACCAUGAUCAGUGAGAUUGCGUUGAAUCUUCAUCUUAGUUACUGGGACUUUCUGUUACCAAGCCUUAAAGCUACAUAUCCAGUGAAGAGCGACUAAGAAUUUAUUUAUUAUUUAUUAACUUGAGAAAUUUUUUGUGACAAUACAUAGAAUUUUAACGCUGAGGGGUUUGUGCAGUUUUGGACGUCAUUCUAGUCUUUCCCUCGACAUCAAUCAAGCUUCAUCGAUAGUUACAUUGUUAUUUGAACUUCACAGCAGGUCAGACACUUGGUGCUAAUAGAAUUGCUGAGCCUGACAUAGUUACUGUGAGCAGCAGGUCAGUUAAGGUCAAUAAAAGAAUCUCAAGGAUUGUUGAUGUUGACGAAGCAUUUAGGCAGAUCAGGUUUCUAUGCAGUAGUUCUGGCAUUUUUGCUUCACCUUGCAAGUCACUGUUUAUUUAACUGGUUUAUAAAGCAGAGCUGUUUAAUGAUCUUGUCUAACGCUGGGUAGUUUUCACCGUUUGGUACUUUUAUGUUCUUGCUUAGAGAGUUUUUUUUUAAUAUUGUUUUUAUACUUUUGAAGGAAAGUGAUGGUUGUGUUCAUUGAAAAUCUUUGCACACUCACCUCCAUUAAAGUGUAUCGCAAGCUACCUCAUUUUUUUGAGGUUCUGAGUCUCAAGUCUGAAUUUGCUGGUAGCCAUACUCAUUCUUUUUCAGGGAUUAAUCCCUAAAAUUGAAAAGCGUAUUGAUUUCUUUUAAGGGCACUUGCAGAUGCAUUCCAUGUGUACACGGACCUUGUUGGUACAACGCUUGCAAACCUUUUUUAUUUUCCUUUUCUUUUUGACCAAUGAUUUCCAUACAUUUGAACGUAUAAAAUAUACAUUCUUACACUUAACAUUCCCCUAUAGAGCAGUGUCUAUUUUUACAAUUGUUGAUAUUAAGUACCACAGAGGUAUUUAUUGUGUUUCGAGCACCCACGGCUCACUAUGAUACGGUACUGUGAAUGAAAGCCCUUUUUCCAUCUGGCUGUUGUAUUUCUAUUUCUAGUGUUCCAACCCAGCAUGUCACAGCCUUCUCUCACCUACGUGUCAGAGCAGCUCACGGUUGUCAUUACUAUUGGCACUGUUGCUUUUUCUCUGUUGUUCUCUCGUCGCCACCUUCAGCUGUUGAUGCCCGUCAUGCGAGACGGCAGAGUAGAACUCUCAGCGUCCCGUCUGUGAGUUUAAAGGGGAAUUUCAUCAAUUUUUUUUUCUCAACAUUUUUGCAUAAUUCAGUUGUUGAGAUGUAAACAGUCAUUCAGAGUGCUUUGAUGUGAAAUGGUGCACUGUAGAGAAACCUAUUAAUUAUUAUUUUUUUUUAACAGUGGUGGUGAUAGGAACCAGGGGUCGCAAUGUCUACAACACAAGUAUAGCCAUUUUAUUUACUAUCCAGAACAAGCUUUUAGUGGUAAAUCCAAAAAAAGUUUUCUUUGGAUAACAUUUUGCCAUACAACUUCUUCCAUGUACCUCUCUGCCGUGAAUGGUUGUUCAGAGUUCAUUUUAGGCCAAAACAUUAUCUCAAAACUGUUGUGAAACAGCAUCUCAGGCAGCGUGCUAUGUAUUCAUAAUCAUUUUAUGCAGCAUCUUCCUGUGAGGUACAGGUACCUUUAAGUGCACCAUAUUUUACGUUUUCCUUGUAUUUUAUUUUUUCCCCCUGGGGUCCACUUACAUCAUUUUUGUGGGAUUAAGAACCAAAAGUAGUUAUUAUUCAUCUCUAAGUGACCGUUUUUCAACCUCGCUUUAUCCCUUAGAAUUAAACAGGCUGUUUUUUAUAACUACCUGUGAUGUAAAUGUAACCAUGUAAAUGACCUCUGUUCUGAUUGGCUGUCCUUUAUUAUACCUCAUGCAAAAAGCAGUCCAGGCUGAGGCACUCCAGCAUGAAUGAACAGGGCUGCUGUUAUAGACUGAAUAGGUGGAUAUAGGUUAAUGGAUUGCUUUCAAAACAGGCUGUUUUUGCACAUUGGCUUCCAUAUGUGGACUGUAGUGACCAGUAUGUUUUGAGACUUGUAAGUUUACAGACCACAUCAAACUAAAAUUGGUUUUCCAUCAUAUUUGCUCUUUAAGAGGCACUAAAUGCUUCGGACGUCUGGUUCAUGUCACCACUGUGAACAAUACUGACUUCUCCACAGUGGCACAUUCCACAUCAAACCACUCAAUGACUUUUUUAAUAUUUGAAUUAUGCAGAACUUUUGAAAUCGGUGGAAUUGUGUCUUUCAGAGGAGACUGCAAACUGUGGAUGACUGACCGUCUGUAUUGGCGACAGUCGAUUCCAUGGGCAUGUAUAUAGGACCUGUAGUGCACAGCCUGUAACAGUUACUAUGAACCAUGUAACAUAAAAUGAUGGUAAUAUUAAGUAUUUUAAGAUUGUAAAGUAUUGUAUAUGUAUUGAAUAGUAUUAACGGAGUAUAUUAAAUGUUGCUAGAACCUGCUAUAUUUUUGGAACAGAUACGCUGGCCACUCAUAUCUGGAACGUUCCCAGGCUCUGACGCAGGGCUUUUGUAGGUUUGGCAGAGACGACUCAUUUCACCAGCUCUUAUCUAAUACAGCUUUUAUGGAGACUGAAACACCCCUGUUUUGGGGGGUGGGGUGGGGGGCAAUUCCAGCUGUCUGUUAAAUAUUUGUGUUACGAUCUCUGCAAUUCUCAUGUUUUCAAGAGGAUACACAAAUGUGCCUAAAAUGUAAACCAUGUUCAUUUUUUUUAAAUACCUGGAAGAGUGUAAAUACUGCGUACAUGGAACAGCUUUUAUUGCUGGCGAAAAAUGAUGUGUACAGCAACUUCUCUAUUUAUUGUAAUGUCUUUCGUGGUGGAGUCUGGUUAGUAGGCAUAAUUGUUGAAUAAAGAAGAGGUUGAGAAGAGAA